UCGUUCAGUUGCUGCGGCGGAUGUUGAUGUUUUGUUUCGUGGCUCGGUCGGUCAUCGAGCUGGACUACUUGGUAUUUCUGAGCACAUCCUCUCCGCUCCGUACGCUUCUCUCUGUCGACUUUGUUGCCUACUUGUCUCUCUCGGUACCGGGAAGAGACCCGGACCGAGUCGUUGUGAGAUGAUGGAGGACUUUGAUGAGAUCUACGAAGAGGAGGAGGAGGAAGAAGAGGACGAGGACAGGGCCGCGGAAGAACAGCUCCUCAAGUACGCUCCGGACCCGGUGGUGGUGCGAGGCUCCGGCCACGUCACGGUAUUUGGACUCAGUAACAAAUUUGAGUCAGAAUUUCCUUCAGCCCUUACAGGAAAGGUGGCGCCGGAGGAAUUCAAAGCCAGUAUCAACCGCGUGAACAGCUGUCUGAGGAAGACCCUCCCUGUGAACGUGCGGUGGCUCCUGUGUGGCUGCCUCUGCUGCUGCUGCACUCUGGGCUUCAGCCUGUGGCCCGUCAUUUGUCUCAGUAAGAGGACGAGAAGAUCGAUGGAGAAACUUUUGGAGUGGGAAAACAACAGACUUUACCACAAGUUGUGUUUGCACUGGAAACUUAGUAAAAGGAAGUGCGAAACCAAUAACAUGAUGGAAUAUGUAAUCCUAAUAGAGUUCCUACCUAAGAUCCCCAUCUUCAAACCAGACUAGCCUGACCACAGACGGGCCGGAGCCUCCACUGCUGCCCAGCUCUGCCACUAAACCGCAGACUGUACAGCUCUUGAGCAACUUCUCCCCCAGCAAUACUCCAGUAUUUGUUUACAUUCACCCGCCCUCUUUUAACCCCUGUCCUCAAACGUUCUUUCUCUACGCCUUUGUUUACAAAUGCAUCACUCAAGUUUUUUUCUUCUUUUCUGGUGGGGGAGAUUUAAACUUUGACUUUUGCUCAAACUGGUGGACCGUCAAGCUGCUGGUAAGUAGCAUCAGCCUGUGGAGGGUUACGUCCAGAACCAGCCACGAGCAGCAAUGUGGAUAUUGAACUCACAGACGGAGACUCAACUCAGCUCGAGUUCUAGGAGGAAGUUUGGUUCCUUUUACGGUUAUUAACUUAAGCACACAGCACAGACAGAUGGCGACAGAACACAAACAUCUCGCAUCCUGCAAAUAAAGCUGUGGGAGGCCAUGGAGCCAACAUGAGGUGGAACAUCGGCGUUUAUCCAAUCCAGCUGGACUCGCAGCUGUAUGCUCAGUAAAGAGUCGUCUUGCCUCGUGCACCAGCAGUGACAAUCACACACUGACUGCACCGUCCACAGUGUGCGUGUUCCUCCGUCAUACACAGGUAACACAAGCUCUUUGUUGAGUUUGUGUUCAAGGCGCCGUUAGAAGUCUGGAGAGACGGUGAAAAUACUUCCGUUUUCUUUCAUUUUUGUUUUCGGCUCAGGAUUUGUUUACCUUGAUGGUGACAGAGUGUGAAACAAGCAAAACAUUUAAAACGAUGCAGAAAAAUCAGACUCGCAGACAAACACUUUAAAAUCGUUUUUGCCUUAGCUACUUAUCUGUGAGUUUCAUACUGUUGAUUUAAAAAAAGCAUCUUUCUUUUUUGUUGCAACAAAUUCCUUCUCCUCGGCGGCCAUGUUAACACUGAAAGCACAGCGAUGUUAUGGCCUUGGCUCCUUUACACGACCUACUUCACCUUACCGCUAAUCUUUACUCAUUCACUGUGUUCAAGUCCAGUAUAAAGAUGUUCCUCCCAGUUCUGCUGGUUUUUUAUUCAAGUUCAGAAGUUUGGUUUUAGCACAAAUGUCAUGUUUUGUUUAGUAGAGUUGUGUCGGGAGUCUCAAAGUUGUAGACACAGACUGUUCCCUAAUCAGAGUUGGAAAGCUGCACUAAUAAAUAUUUUUAUACUCGCAUCAUUUUCAUUGUGGAUAAAAGAAUGGACAGAGAACUGUGAAGAUCAUUGCAGGUAAAUUCACCGAGUUUGAACAUUAUUUUUAGUUUGACAUGUAGCCAACAGCUCUGCCUCCACUUCCCCGUAAAGCACAUUUAAUUUUCAUUUAAUAAACGUAGCAUUUGUCAACGAGUUAAAGAAAAGAUGACGAAUAUGGCUUUUAAAUCUGCUUUCAGCUGCUGCUUCAUGUGCUUUGUCUUCACAUCAGUGUCCAAACAUCCAGAUAUGUUAACAGAGAUUAUAGAACUUGUAAUCUGAACAAGUUUCAGCUCUGGUGAUUGUAUGGCACUCAGGGGAGAUUAACUACAAAAUGUAGCAUUAAAAAUGUUUAUCUUCUUGUCAGGUAUGUUCUAAAGUCACACCAGGGUGUCCAGUUCAAA